UUGCUUUAUCCUCACGCAUUUUUUCUUUCCAUUUUAUUGAUUUUUAAAAAAAAAAGUUGAAAAAACUUUUGAAAGUUGGGGCCGCCGGACCGCUGCUCUAAAACCCCUCCGUUAGGGCUUUUCCCUCCGCCGGAUCCCCGAAAUCACUGCGAUUUUCUCUGUAACCAUUUUAUCCACUCUGAGCUCCAAUUGAACGGGCGAAGAUUCGGGAAGAGCGAUGGUGUCACCGAAGCAGCUUCUCUCCUUGAUAGAGUCCUCCCUGCUGGGCCCCACACCGCCUUCGCCGUCGCAGAGGGUGGAGCUGCUUCACGCCGUCCGCCAGUCCAUGCCUCGUCUACGUUCCCUUGUUUCCUACCCGGCACCAAAUCCCUCAGACAGAGUGCAAGUACAGUCUAAAGAAGUCAGGCUUCCAGAUUCUGGGCGGAUAUCACUUGAUGACCAGGAUGUUCAGAUUGCUUUAAAGUUGAGUGAUGAUUUACAUCUCAAUGAGAUAGAGUGCACACGAUUACUUAUUUCUGCUAAUCAAGAGUGGGGACUAUUGGGGCGAGAUCAUUUAGAAAUUAUGCGCCUUGCUGCAGGACUUUGGUAUACUGAGAGAAGAGAUCUCAUAACUGCUUUAUACAUGAUAUUAAGGGCUGUUGUCCUUGAUCAAGGACAUGAUGCUAAUCUUGUGGCAGAUCUACUUAGAUACAUGGAGGAUCUCAUGAAUGGAGGAGUCAGACAACGGUUAAUUACACUUAUAAAGGAGCUCAAUCGAGAAGAACCAGCUGGAUUGGGUGGGCCAAACUGUGAGCUCUAUGUUCUUGAUUCGAGAGGUGCUCUAGUGGAACGAAAAGCUGUAGUUGCCAGGGAAAGGCUCAUCCUUACUCAUUGUCUUGUCCUUUCUGUUUUGAUUGUACGGGCAAGCCCCAAAGAUAUAAAAGACAUUUUCUCUGCUCUAAAAGACAGUGGAGUGGAACUUAAUUGCAACACUGAUACCAUAAAACAUCAGAUAGCCCAUGGCCUCCUUUUCUCUGUUGUGGUAUCUUUAGUAUCAGAUGCAUUGAGUGCAGUUCUAGAUAAGGCAUCUAUCUUGACCCGAGACGUUUCUUUCAGACAUGAAUUUCAAGAAACUAUAAUGGUUAGUGUGGAAGAUCCUGUUGUCAAAGGCUAUGUUAAUUGCGUAAGGCAUGCUUGGCUUGUACAUUUAAUGUUAAUCCAUGAUGGAGUUGAUGCUCAAGACACCGGGCCCAGUGUUUCAUCGCACGACAUUCGAACUAUUAACACAUUGUUGGAAGUCAUAUUCUCUGACAAUGUUUUUGAAUUUUGGAUGACUAACAUUCUUCAAACUCCUGCUUUUGAGAAUGAUGACGAAGAUAUGGUUUAUAUGUAUCAUGCUUAUUUGCACAAAAUGAUGUCUUGCUUUCUGUCUCAUCCUCUUGGCCGAGAUAAGGUGAAAGAAGCGAAAGACAAGGCUAUGAUAGAAUUGAGUCCAUAUCGCAUGACCAGUUCUCAUGACCAAGAUAGAAGCAUGCAUACUCAGAAGAUUAAUCCAGCUCCACAGACUUUUGUUUCACUUUUGGAGUUUGUUAGUGAAAUUUAUCAGCGGGAACCUGACCUGUUGUCUGGCAAUGAUGUCUUGUGGACUUUUGUCAAUUUUGCUGGAGAGGACCACACUAAUUUUCACACGCUUGUUGCAUUUCUGAAAAUGAUGAGUACCUUGGCUUCUACUGCUGAGGGUUCCUCCAAAGUUUUUGAGUUGCUUCAAGGAAAGACGUUUCGUUCUAUUGGGUGGGGCACUUUAUUCAGCUGCUUAUCGAUUUACGAAGAAAAGUUCAAACAAGCCAUCCAGAGCCCCGGUGCAAUGUUACCAGAUAUACAGGAAGGAGAUGCCAAAGCUCUUGUUGCAUACUUGAAUGUUCUGCAAAAGGUUGUUGAAAAUGCAAAUCCCAUCGAAAGGAAGAAUUGGUUUACUGAUAUUGAACCAUUAUUCAAAUUACUUGGAUAUGAAAAUGUUCCUCCCUAUCUUAAGGGCGCUCUGCGAAAUACGAUCACUACGUUUGUUAAAGUUUCUCCAGUUAUGAAAGAUACAGUUUGGAGAUACCUGGAACAGUAUGAUUUACCAGUAGUUGUUGGACAUCAUGCUGGGACCACUGGACAACCAAUGGCAACACAGGUUUAUGAUAUGCAGUUUGAGCUGAAUGAAAUAGAAGCAAGACGUGAACAAUACCCAUCCACUAUAUCAUUUAUUAAUUUGUUGAAUACUCUCAUUGCCGAGGAGAAGGAUCUUACUGAUAGAGGGCGCAGAUUCAUUGGCAUCUUUAAGUUCAUUUAUGAGCAGGUAUUUGGGCCAUUUCCCCAGAGAGCCUAUGCAGAUCCUUCUGAGAAAUGGCAGCUGGUUAUUGCUUGCCUCAAUCAUUUCAAGAUGAUGCUCAGCAUGUAUGGCUUCAAAGAUGAAGAUAUUGAAAAUAUUGCUGAUCAAUCUCAACUUUCUGAAUCUGGACAAUCUGCCCCUGUUCAAAUGCAGCUCCCAGUCGUUGAACUGAUGAAAGAUUUUAUGAGUGGUAAAAGUGCAUUUCGGAAUGUUAUGAGUAUUCUUUUACCGGGAGUUAGCAUCGUUAUAAAUGAAAGAACAAGUCAAGGUCAUGGGCACCUUCUUGAAAAGGCUAUACUCCUCUCGUUGGAGAUUAUAAUUCUUGUUUUAGAGAAAGAUUUGAUUGUUUCUGAUUUCUGGCGCCCUGUAUACCAGCCCUUGGAUGUCAUUCUUUCUCAAGACCAUAACCAAGUUCUCGCUUUGUUGGAGUAUAUCCGAUAUGAUAUGCAACCUCGUAUUCAGCAGUGCUCUAUUAAAAUAAUGAGUGUCUUAAGUUCUCGUAUGGUUGGGCUUGUUCAACUUCUCUUGAAAUCCAAUGUUGCGGGGUGCUUGGUUGAGGAUUAUGCUUCUUGCUUAGAAUUAUGUUCUGAAGAAUGCCAAUCUAUUGAGGACAUGAGUGAAGAUCCUUGUAUACUCAUUCUUCAACUUCUAAUUGAUAAUAUCAGCAGACCUGCCCCUAAUAUCACUCACUUGUUACUCAAGUUUGAUCUUGAUAACCCUAUUGAGCGGACUGAGCUACAACCAAAAUUCCAUUACAGUUGCUUGAAGGUCAUUCUUGAUCAGUUAGAAAAGCUUCUCAAGCCAGAUGCCAACGCGCUGCUUCAUGAAUUUGGUUUUCAGCUUCUUUAUGAGUUGUCAGUAGAUCCACUAACUUGUGGCCCUAUCUUGGAUUUGUUAAGCACUAAAAGAUAUCAAUUCUUCAUAAAGCAUCUGGACAUAAUUGGUGUUGCUCCACUCCCAAAAAGAAAUAGUAGCCAGUCACUUCGCAUCAGUUCCCUUCACCAGGUCUGUUUGGGUAAACUUAUGUUUUAUUUCCUUUCCAACUCUAGCUCCACACAUCGAGAAACAUGUCAAAGUAUCAUAGUUAAACUAUUUGGGCAAGGCAUCUCAGAUGAUUCUAUUACUCCAGACAAUCCCGAUAUAGCUGGAGCAAGAAUGAUCAGUAAAAAUAAGGUCUUAGAAUUGCUUGACGUUGUUCAGUUUAAAACUCCUGAAACGUCAUUGAAGUCUUCUCAGAUUGUUUCCAGUAUAAAGAAUGGAUUUCUGGCAGAGGAUAUACUUAGCAAUCCUUCCACUACUGAGAAAGGCGGUUUGUAUUACUACUCAGAACGUGGAGACCGUUUGAUUGAUCUGACUGCAUUUCGUGACAAACUUUGGGAGCUAAGCUCCUUUGGCACUGAAGUUGAACUUAAUGAAAUUCGAGAAACAAUACAACAAUUACUGAGAUGGGGAUGGAAAUAUAACAAAAAUCUUGAAGAACAAGCUGCUCAGCUUCAUAUGCUAACGGGCUGGUCUCUUGUUGUUGAGAUAUGUGCAUCUAGAAGAUUAUCAUCUCUUCAAAGCCAAACCGAAGUAUUGUUUCAGUUACUAGAUGCCUCACUCGGUGCUUCUGGUUCUCCUGACUGUUCACUGAAGAUGGCACUAAUUUUAACCCAGGUUGGUCUGACAUGCAUGGCAAAGCUUCGCGACAUGUGUUUCUUAUGCCCCGGUGGCUUACAAUCUGAGACCAUCACUUACCUUGACAUAAUAAUGGCAAAACAAUUGUCUAAUGGUGCAUGCCUUUCUAUUUUGUACAAAAUGAUAAUGGCAAUUCUCAGACAAGAUUCAUCUGAAGCUUUAAGGAGGCGCCAAUACACCUUGCUUCUUAGCUAUUUCCAGUACUGUCAGCAUAUCCUUGAUCCUAGUAUACCUGCCUCAGUGAUGCAGUUCUUUCCAAUGGAUGAGCAGGAUAAUGAAGAUGCUGAUCUUGACAAGAUUGUCAAAGAUCAUGCCGAAUUAUCACAUGCAAACUUCUCUAUUUUAAGGAAGGAAGCUCAAGCAAUUCUUGAUUUGGUCAUUAAAGAUGCAACUCAUGGAAGUGAAUUGGCAAAAACAAUUUCGUUUUAUGUUUUAGAUGCACUUAUAUCCUUUGAUCAUGAGAAGUUUUUCUUGAAUCAACUUCAAAGCAGAGGCUUCCUCAAGUCUUGCCUUAUCAGCAUCACGAAUUUUUCGUAUCAGGAUGGGUUUCCUGUUGGGUCAAUGCAGCGCGUGUGCACUCUUGAAGCAGAACUUGCUCUGCUAUUGAGAAUAAGCUAUAAAUACAGGAAAUCAGGGGCACAAGUUCUCUUUUCAAUGGAUGCAUUGGACCGUAUAUCCUCAUGUAGAGCACUAAAAAUGCAAAUUAAGGGGAGCCACCGCCGGUUUGAGGCCAAAUUUGGAAGAGAAUUGUCUGUUGAUGUGGACAAGCAGCGCAUGGUUAUUGCUCCUGUUCUUAGAUUAGUAUUCUCUUUGACUUCUUUGGUUGACGCGUCUGAAUUCUUCGAGGUGUCAAAUAAAGUUGUACGAGAAGUUAUAGAGUUCAUCAGAGGGCAUGCAUUACUCUUUGAUCAGAUUCUUCGUGAAGAUCUUUCUGGUGCUGAUGAGUUGACAAUGGAACAGAUAAACUUGGUAGUCAGCAUACUUACCAAGAUAUGGCCAUAUGAUGAAAGUGAUGAUCUUGGGAUUGUUCAAGGGCUGUUCACCAUGAUGCGUGUUGUUUUUUCAAUCGACCCGGAAUCUUUUACCUCAAACAAAUCAAUACGCUUUGUGGAGAAUCAAAGGAAGGCUGAAGUAAACACAUCCCGUCUCUGCUUUAGUCUGAGCUCGUAUCUAUAUUUUCUGGUCACAAAGAAACGUCUGCGGCUGCAGGUCUCCGAUGGUUCAAUGGACUAUCGUUCUUCUGCUGGACAACAACAGCCAACAUUGACAUCACUUGCAUUUCUACUCUACUCUCUUACUACUUCCUUGGAAAAAGCUGCUGAGGAGAGAUAUCUUCUGCUCAACAAGAUUCAAGAUAUCAAUGAAUUGUCAAGUCAAGAAGUUGAUGAAAUUAUAAAUAUGUGUGCUCACGAAGGUUCUAUAUCAUCAUCAGAAAGCAUACAAAGAAGGAGAUAUUUAGCAAUCAUGGAAAUGUGCCGCAUAGUUGGAGACAGAAAUCUGCUCAUUACCACAUUACUUCUGGUUUCAGAAAAUGUCAUGAACAUUAUCCUCUUCCAUUUUCAGGACAGUUCUUAUGAGUGUGAUCCCACUAAGUCCGUAAAAAGGCUCACAUAUGAUUCAAAGCCUGAUACUAAUGAUGACUUGAGCAUGCUUUGUGGAAAAUUAAUUUCUACCGUAGAAAGGCUUGGGUCGCUAAGUGAGGACAAAAUCGGACAUGAGCUCAAAGUGUUCCACAGAUUGUCAAGUUCACUCAAGGAACUAUCAAUUCAAAAGCUAGGCCUGUGAGUUGCAAAAAAGCUCAGAAACUUCAUAAAUCUUUGUUCCUCUCCUUGUUUUGAAGUUGCUGUGUCCAAAACAGUAUUAUGUGUGGGAUUGAGCACGAUGAUGCAGACCAUGUUUUGUGGAACUCUAAUAUUUGCCAAACAUGUAUAUACAAGUAGUGUUUGGCAAGCUUAAUGUGUCUCUAUGUUGCUGCAAAGGAGAUGAGCUCUGUUGGAGUAGAGAUCAUGAAGAUGAUGAAUACCAAGAGAGAUAAGUUUUUGGUUUGGCAAGAGGAUUGCUGAAGAGGGGACUAAUAUCUAUAUUCUCUUUUUUUUUGUUAAAAAUGUUUUGGAAUAGUUACUGUUUGAUUUGAUCUUGUUUUUCCACCAGUUUUGGCCUCUGUCUGAUUGAUUGUGUACCCUUGAUGUGAGUGAAUGUAUUUUUGUGCUUUCGGUUCAAAAGAAAAUAAAAAUCGCGCAUGUUCAUCGGAAAUAAAAAGAGUACAAAGUA